AUGGCGAUGAGAUGGUUCGAUUCCCUCCAGCCGAAUUCCAUAGAUUCCUUUAAACAGCUGACGCAGGCUUUUGGUUUCCGUUUCAUCACCAGCACUAAAGUCCCUCGGCCCCUCGAUUCCCUCCUAUCCUUGUCCAUGCGGGAAGGAGAGACGCUGAAAGCCUACUCGGAUAGAUACUGGGAAAUGUAUAAUGAGAUAGAAGGGAAAUAUGAUGGCGUCGCCAGCAGUACGUUCAAAAGGGGCUUGCCGACAGAACAUGGCUUAAGAAAGUCCCUCACUGGAAAGCCAGUUACCAGCAUGCACCAACUCAUGGACCGAAUUGACAAGUACAAGAGGGUCGAGAAGGACCAGCAGAUGGGGAAGGGUAAAACGAAGGUCGUCCCUCAGGAGAGGAGGGACCUCAGGUCGGAACGAUUUAACAACAGUAACAGACCGAGAAGAGACUAUAUGGAGCAGCCCGGAUCUACUGGGGCUCAGGCAGUCUGUGCUGUAUUCCGAGAACCGCUUCACAAAAUCCUAGAGAAGGUGAAAUAUGAACCUUUCUUUCAGUGGCCGAACAAGAUGGCUAGCGAUCCUACGAAGCGCAAUCAGAACCUGUAUUGCGCAUACCAUCAGGAGCCAGGUCACACCACUGAUGAGUGCAGGAACCUAAAGAACUACUUAGAUCGGCUUGUCCGAGAAAGGAAGCUGAGACAUCUGCUGCAUCGCCCUGAAGGAUGGCAGGAACCAUCGAACAAUGAAACCAGGCAAAAUACGUUGAGGCCACCCAUUGGCACAAUUAAUGUCAUUCUCGCCGCACCCGGAAGGACAGGCUCUGCCCCCUUCAGGGUAAUGUCAGUGAGCAGUUUCCCAACUGAGCCAAACGGCAGGGACCCCAAGAGAGCCAGAGUGAAUGAGACGGCGCUAAUCGGGUUCACGGAGGAAGACAAGUAA